UGAGCCUGUUGAGAUUAAGCCUUUGCAGUUGGGCAGACAUCCAUUCAAAGCAGCAAAAUCUUCUUGAGGUUAUAUUUAAAAUGCGUUUCAGUGCUAUCUCUGUCUGCAGAUGUAUGGUUUCCAGAGAAAUUAACUUUGGUUAUAUAUUCUAAAACAGCAAAGCUGGAAUCAGUGAGAUGUUUGAAGGACACCAGGGACCAAUCACAGGUAUCCACUGCCAUGCAGCAGUUGGACCUGUAGACUUCUCACAUCUUUUUGUCACCUCUUCUUUUGACUGGACAGUAAAGCUUUGGACAACGAAGAAUAACAAACCUCUCUACUCAUUUGAAGACCACUUAGAUUAUGUUUAUGAUGUGAUGUGGUCUCCAACACACCCUGCCCUGUUUGCCUGCGUGGAUGGGACGAGCCGGCUUGACCUGUGGAAUCUCAACCAUGACACUGAGGUGCCAACUGCAAGCAUUACUGUAGAAGGCAAUCCUGCUCUGAACCGUGUGAGAUGGACACAUACUGGGAGAGAGAUUGCUGUCGGUGACUCAGAGGGCCAAAUAGUUAUAUAUGAUGUGGGAGAGCAAAUUGCAGUUCCUCGCAGCGAUGAGUGGACUCGGUUUGGCCGAACACUGGCAGAAAUAAAUGCCAACAGAGCUGAUGCGGAAGAGGAAGCUGCAACCCGCAUCCCAGCAUAGAUCUCUGCAAAUGGGCAGCAGUGGUAGGCUUGUGAGUGAUUUGAUGCGAAUCUUAGAAGUAUGAGCAAGUGUCAGUAAUAGCUUAAGGGAGUAUGUGGAUUCAACCAUGGACUUGGAAAACGUGUUAUGAUCUCUGAAAAUCAGAUCUUGCAUUGUUGACUUUUAUAUAAAACUUACAAGCACGUUAUUUGACUUAUGUAACUUUUAAUACAGUUAACUUUGACUUUGCAAGGAACUUUUGCUGAAACACUAACGUGGUGUAAAUUUGCUGUUAAGCUUCUGAAAUCUCCACUUUAUAAACAGUAUGUUUCUGAAAAGUAGAAAUUGUGUUUCUAAACAAGUUCUGUUUCUAAACUAAACUUCCUAUAUUACACAUUAGCCUUCAUGAGGUAGUAAGUUUCUGAAGGGUUCUUUAAUUCAAACUGCAAGUGGAUAUGCAUGUGUAUGUUCCAAGUAAGUUUCAUUGCUUAUAUAGAGAUAAGCUUCAGGCUCUGGUAGCGAGUAAUAUGAGUGAAUAAAAUGUCUGUAGUUACAGUUCAUUUCAUAAUUGGACCAGAAUUGAUGAAAUACAUAUUUAAUAACAAUAAGAAGUUCUUUUGUUUUGAAUUGGUGCAUUAAAGGGUGAGACUGAUUCAUAAAUAAAUAUUAUAUGAGCUGCCCUGA